AUGUCUUCAGCGUCCAUGGGGAAGGAAGUGGUUUUCGCUCAAGAGCUAGAGAGACGCAAGCGUGCGCGGCUCGAUAAGAUCACCGAGCUCAACGCUAUUCAGUCUCCACUCCUUCGUCUACCCGCCGAGAUCAGAGACAUGAUCUAUGUCUAUGUCUUCCAUGAUGCGGUCUUCAAGCUUGAGAAGACUCCCAAGCUUGACAUUGGAGAGUGGCUUCUCAGCGGAGGUGUUAGACCUGCAUCCAACGUUACCGAUCUGCAUACCCAAAAGUACCCCGGAAUGGCAUUGCUGCUAGCCUCUCGUCAAACCCACCACGAAGCCGCCCUACAUCCUUAUAAGCUCGCAAUAUUCGAUUUUGGUGUCUCUAUCACCUCCGCCUAUCGUAAAGUCGGUCCCAAGGAGAUGGUAAUGAAGUCCUUUUUGAAGGAUAGAACGAUGGCGCAGGCUGAGAUUCUUGGCAGGAUGCAGGUCUGUAUGGGUGGAGGACUAUUGGAUAUCCAGAUCCAGAAAGCACGAGGGAACCAGAAGAUGGAGGGCAUGUGGACAGGAGAUGCGGCGUACUGGGCUGCAGAGUUGGGCUGCCAGGAGUACUUCUCUUAG